CGGGUACACAUGGAAAUUAAAAAUAGAUACAUUUCAAAACGGACAGCUAAGUUUUAGAGGGUAUAAAUCCGAAUCAACAAGAACGGUACAAGACCUUUUGGCACUCCACUCUAUUCACCAUGGGAAUUGAUCUAGACCACAGACACUUGAAGAAGAACAACCGCUUGGCUCCCAAGUCGGAGAAUGUUUACAUUCUUCUCUUGGUGAAGUUGUAUCGGUUUUUGUCCCGUCGCACGGACUCCGACUUCAAUAAGACCAUCCUCAAGCGUCUGUAUAUGAGUCGUGUAAACCGAGCCCCUCUAUCUGUGUCGAAGCUCACACGCUUCAUGAAGGGAAAAGAGGAGAAGACCGCCGUCAUUGUAGGAACCGUUACUGGCGAUAGCCGUAUCGAGACCAUUCCCAAGAUGACUGUGUGCGCUCUGCGUUUCACUGCUGAUGCCCGUGUUCGUAUCGUCAAGGCCGGAGGUGAGUGCAUAACUUUCGAUCAGCUCGCCAUGCGUGCCCCCACCGGCACCAACACUGUGCUUCUCCGUGGACCCCGCAAAAGCCGUGAGGCUGUCAAGCAUUUCGGAGCUCCCGGUGUACCUCACUCGCACGCCAAGCCUUACGUUCGCUCAAAGGGACGCAAGUUCGAGAAAGCUCGUGGUCGUCGUCAGAGUCGUGGAUUCAAGGUCUAAAUGCCUCCUGCUGGUUAACUCAACUUAUGCUGGUUUUCAACCUAUUAAAUCCAAGUCAUCUAAAACCAA